AUGAAUCAUUUAUUUUUUACCAUAAAUUCAUAAAAUAAUAUAAUUUUUUACACAGUAAAAGUAGAAUAUAUUAGUAAAGUCUAUCCCUAGUUGUAUAAAAUAAAAUUAAAAAAAAAUACAUUAUCCCACUUUUAUUUAGAAAUAAGUAAAAUACUUUAACUUAAGUUAGAGUUUUUAUUGAAAAUUAAUAUUGUUUUUUAAAUCUUAAGUUAGAAUCAGGGACAUUCAUUAUUCAAAUAAAUCUAAAUUUUAUAAUAAUUUUCAGAUUUAUUUGAUUUGGCCAUAACAAAAUAAUAAUCACAUAGUUACUUAAAUCACAAUUAAAAAUAUUACUUUAUAGAAGAUUAUAAAGCAUAAUAAUUUAAAUCAUUUUAAUCAUAAUAUCAAAUAUUUUUUUAUUUAUAUUAGAAUUUAUUUUGGAUAUAAGCGUUAGAUAAUUAAUUUAUUAGUUAAAUGAAUAGAUAGAUAGAUAGAUAGAUAGAUAGAUAGAUAGAUAGAUAGAUAGAUAGAUAGAUAGAUAGAUAGAUAGAUAAAUAAAUUAUUGCAAGUUAUAACGCAUAUUAAAUUUUGAUUAAGAUGAAUUUACUCUAAGAUGCCUGA